AUGGCCCUUGCGGUGCGCGAGGACAACAUGCACUCGGCUCCAAACAUGAGGCGGCAAGUGUUGAUCCGCAAUAUUUUGAGAUUUGGCGCGCUGCAAGCGCGGUUAUCUUAUCAACCUGAUCAGAAACUUCACUCGAGACGGUCGAUAGCUACACCCGUAGUAAGCGCCCUGACUGCGAAGAAGUUUGACAUUUUCACCAUUAAUUUUGGUGACCUUAUGAACGGCUCGCUCAGUGGGUCAUGCAUCAUGUGCGACAAUCUCGGAGUUGUGGGCCCUCGAAACGAGGUUGCAGAACUCGGGAAAUAUUCCUCCGUAGUCAACGAUUCGGAUGUGUUCAUAAUCAUAAAGCCGACCAUUAGACCGCCCACAAUGACAUCCGACCUACGUUGCGCCGGGCUACAAGUCGCCGCAACUUCCAAGAUUGAUCAACACUUUGCGGCCAGUCUAAUCCUCAACGCAGCGUCAACCCCGCGAUCAGCUUAUGGGUUACGAAACCUCGCUGCGAUGCCGCAGGGCAUCCGGCGACUACCACGGAAAAAGCCAUCCCCGAACUUUGUCACACAGUGGGAUCAAGAAAUCGAGAAUAUUGACGCGAAUAGAGAUAGGCACAGGAAUCACUCGGCAGAAGACCACCUCGAGGCCCGAGACGUAGUUUCUGGGCUCCGAGGACAUCGAUCGCGCACGUCAGAGCCCGCUAUUCGGCCAGAUGCCGGUCCGGUCUCGAUAUCGACGAGUGAAUUGAUGCACAUAUACCAAGGGCGUUCUCUCGUUGAAAGUUUGAGCUCAUGGGCAGACCAGCGGGCCGUCGGCGUACUCAAUGUUAAAGCUGAGUUGGCGUCCACGGUGAUUUCACGAGAGAUAAGAUGUGAACAACGACAUAGGCAGUGUUCGUCUUGGGAUCAGCGUGCAGAAUCUUACAGAGCUCCGCGUUCGUGGGGCUGUACGCAGGAUCGAUCCGUAUCCGAGCUUACUUUCUCGAGGAUGUCUAUUGGCAUCCAGGGAAAUCAGCGGCUCCAAAGUACACGUUGUCCUAGCGUCAUAAAAUUGGACGCUUUUGUUUCCCGCGCGCCACGCGAUCGCUAUCAAGGCAUAUAUGACGACGAUGGCGAAUUCGCAGCACAAUGCGGUAUCUCGUGGCAAUGGCUAGUUUUCACAAAACAAGAUAAGAUUAUGGAGCAGAAGUCGAAGAACUGA